AUCUUUAGAAUUAGGUGUAUCAUGCUUGAGGUCAAGGCAUGACUUCUGGCUGCCCCAGAUUUAGGUUCGCUCAGUUGUACGAAGGGACAUGUUCAUCUUAGGUUCUUCUUAUCUUGCAUCAUCUAAGUUCUAGUGUGACGUGCAACCGAAACUGAGAAAACAACAGCAGUGAUAUUAAAUUCAGUCAAGUCAAUACCUGAGGCCGCCAUAUUGCGUCCAAAUUAUCUUUCGACUAGCUGUAUAUGAAUGCGGCCAAAUUCUGUCACCGUCAAUGUCAUUCGAUCAACUCGUGGUGUGGAAACCCAAUUGGAAUUUGGCUCAUCUUCUAUGUUGCUUUACUGACCCGGAACCCAAUUUGAGUCCUCUGUUUCACCCACAGGCUAUCCAUCUUCAAUCUUCAUCAUUUGGUACCUUAAAAGAAACAGACUUUCCCUAUAAACCAUUCCCAACUCAAAAGAUCCCGACUGUCCUCCCAUGACCCUCGUGCUUCUCUCUCUGUUUGUUCUGCUUCAUAGCCGUGCAGCCGAAGCAGCACCGACUUACAGUGUUCACUAUUGCGAAAACAAUACUUUAUUCACACCCAAUAGCGCAUACCAGACAAACCUCGACUCUCUACUCGCUUCUCUUUCCAAUAAUGCAACUAUCAGUAAUGGAUUCUACAAUACAACUGCCGGUCAAUCCCCUCCUGAUAGGGUAUUUGGACUCUUUCUCUGCCGUGGAGAUGUUAACGCAAGUACUUGUCACGAAUGUGUCACCACUGCAUCCAGAGAGAUACUUCAACGUUGCCCAUCACAGAAAGAAUCCUACAUAUGGUUCGACGAGUGCUUGCUUCGUUACUCUAACCGGUCCUUCUUUUCUAGAGUGAGUACUGUGCCCGGGUUUAAUAUAACUGAUUCCAAGGAUGUGGAGGACCCAGAUCUCUUUAAUCAGUUGUUGGCAACAGUCAUGAAUGACUUGGCUGCUGAAGUUGCAAGUGAUAGUUCUGGGAAAAAGUUUGCGACUGAUGAAAAGGAAUUUACCAGUUCGCAGACACUGUACAGCCUGGUUCAGUGCACGCCGGAUCUAUCUGAGGCUAAUUGCAAAACAUGUCUGCAAACUGCAAUUGGUUCUCUUCCAUCUUGUUGUACUGGAAAACAAGGUGGAAGGUUUUUGCUUCCGACCUGCUACAUUAGAUUUGAAUUGUACCCAUUUUACCAAGUUAAUGCCACAGAUCGGCCACCAUCAACCAAUUCUAAAGGGAAAAGGAAGAUCUCUUCACAGGUGAUUAUUGCCAUUGUUGUUCCAAUAUUGGUCUCCAUGGUGUUGGUCGUCGUGGGCAUCGUUUUCAUAAGAAGAAGAAAAGCAAGGAAGAACUACAAUAUUGCAGAAGAACAAAAUGUUGGGGAUGAAAUGACACAUAUACAGUCUCUGCAAUUCGAUUUCGACACAAUUGAAGCUGCCACUAACUACUUCUCUGAUGAUAACAAGAUAGGGAGGGGAGGAUUUGGCGAGGUCUACAAGGGAAGGCUAUUAAAUGGACAAGAAAUUGCAGUGAAAAGGCUAUCUAAAAGCUCGGGGCAAGGUGCAGAAGAAUUUAAGAAUGAAGUUGUAUUGGUAGCCAAGCUUCAACACAGAAAUCUAGUGAGGCUAUUGGGUUUCUGCGUGCGAGGAGAAGAGAAGAUACUCAUAUAUGAAUAUUUGCCCAACAAAAGUCUCGACAACUUUCUCUUCGAUCCUGAAAGGCAAGGGCGCUUGGAUUGGUCGAGACGUUACAAAAUCAUAGUAGGUAUAGCAAGAGGAAUUCUUUAUCUUCAUGAGGAUUCUCGGCUACGAAUCAUACAUCGUGAUCUUAAAACAAGCAAUAUUUUGUUGGAUGAAAAUUUGGAUGCGAAAAUAUCUGAUUUUGGCAUGGCAAGAAUUUUUGGUGCAGAACAAACUCAAGGAACUACAAGAAGAAUUGCCGGGACAUUUGGUUAUAUGUCUCCAGAGUAUGCUAUGCAUGGUCGAUUCUCGGUGAAGUCAGAUAUCUUCAGUUUUGGAGUUCUGAUUCUAGAAAUCAUCAGUGGCAAGAAAAACAGUCAGUUCUUUCAAUCUGACAGUGGUGAUGACCUAUUGAGCUAUGCUUGGAAGCACUGGAGAAAGGGAACAACGUCAGAAAUUCUGGAUCCAACUUUAGAAGAUUCAUAUUCGAAACCCGAAUUCAUGCGAUGUAUUCGGAUUGCCUUAUCAUGUGUUCAAGAGGAUCCAGCUGACAGACCCACGAUGGUAUCAGUAGUUCUCAUGCUUAGCAGUUCUUCAACCACCAUACCAUUGCCUCGUAAACCUGCAUAUUUUCCUGGUAACGGAAAAGAGUUCAAAGACGCGACAACAGAGUCGUCUUAUCAAUCGACAAACAAGUCAAUGCCAUCCUCAACUAAUGAAAUAUCAUUGACUAAACUGCAUCCACGAUAGAGUCACAAUUUUUUUGCUUUGCAGUUUAUUUAUCUCUUUAAGCAUGCUUCAGUUCAGUUCAUGUACUUGGUAUUACAGUGACAACUGCUGUUGUCAAAUCUUGUUUUGUUUCUAGCCGUUACUGCUUUAGUUGUAUAUAUCCAUACUGUAUCUACAUUUGCAACUUAAUGAAAAUACUUUCUUCC